AUAUUUCACUUUCAAUUUCAUUUUUCCUCUGUGUGUGUGUGUGCUUGCAAAUAUUAUAAAACAGUUAAAGGUGUAAAAUUUAUUUUAAAAUUAAUGUAAUACUUUUUAAAAUCAUGUGUGUUUUGUGUGACCCACAAACUGUUCGCUCAUUCUGAAUUAUGUUUAAAGAUGUGUUUCAACUUUUAUUUGUUGUUGUUAUUGGGAAUUAUUGUAUUUGAUCGGAUAACAACAGCAUCAGCAUCGCCUUCGAUUGUAUCGCAGUAUUAUAAAACAAAUCAAUUUGCAACGGACUGUGGCAUACGACCGCCUAGACGAGAACCCAGAUCACAGCCUUCCACAGAAGAUCCCAAUAGUUCCCGUACCGCUAAAAUUAUAGCCGGAACGUAUACCAAAGAAGGACAAUUUCCUUGGCAGGCAUCACUAGAACUGCUUCAUCCCUCCUUGGGUUUUCUGGGGCACUGGUGUGGUGCUGUACUCAUACAUCAAUAUUGGAUUUUAUCAGCUGCCCAUUGUGUGCACAAUGAUCUCUUUAAUCUACCGGUGCCGCCUUUAUGGACUGUAGUUUUAGGCGAAUAUAAUCGUGCUAUCGAAUCGGGCUAUGAACAAAGAAUACCCAUUGAUAAAAUUGUUUUACAUAAAAGCUAUCAAAAUUUUUUACAUGAUUUAGUCCUAAUGAAACUCUCAAUGCCUGCAGAUCUUUCAAAAAAGUCCAAUAUCAGAAGAAUAUGCCUGCCAUUUCUCUUCAACGAACCCAACAAUGAUGAUGAAGAGGAAGAAUUGCAGGAAGAUCCUGAGGAUCCUUUGGCUUGGGGUUUAGCGGAAGUCCCCGAUAAAAUGGAGAAUUUCUUGAGAAGUGUUCAGACAAUGAGACGUUAUCGUAAUGUUACCAUACCAAGUAUGAAGGAGUUAAUGGAUUUGAAAAUUUUAAAUCGUUUAAAGCGACAACAAAAUGCCCCGCAAGGCAAAUCGGGGAGAAAUUUUAAAUCUUCACGUAGAAGAAAUGAUAAAAUAAUGAAAAUUUUCCAAUAUUCCAAUGAAUAUGAUGGGGUGAGUCAGGAAAAACAUUAUCAUCAUAGAUUUGUGGAUAAUAAUCGUGAUUUACCCUAUAUUGAUUGUGUGGCCACGGGUUGGGGUAAAGCCAAUUUGACAGGUGAUCUAACGGAUUUACUAUUGAAGACUACAGUGCCGUUGCAUAAUAAUAGGAGAUGCAGAGAGGCUUAUGGCAGUUUUGUAAAAAUUCACCGUGGACAUUUGUGUGCUGGUAAACUUAAUGGCAAAGGUGGCACAUGUGUGGGCGACUCUGGUGGUCCAUUGCAAUGCCGUCUCACUAAAAAUGGUCCUUGGAUAUUGGCGGGUAUAACUUCAUUUGGUUCUGGCUGUGCUAUAGAAGGUUAUCCAGAUGUUUACACUAGAACAUCUCAUUACAUGAAAUGGAUACAAGACACAAUAGCUUUUGAAUAGCUUUUAAUAUAAAAUAAAACAAUACAAAUUGUUAAACACCUAAAGUACAACCAAGAUUUGUUUAAAUUUUAUUUAUUUUUUAUAGCAUUUUUAUUAA